AUGGAGGGCGUUGAGGCAGCCACUACUUUUUUAAGCGCGGGAUCGGAGCUAGUGGUUUCAGUUCCCCACAAAACGAAGCGUUGCUCGGCGAAUUUGAAGGUUCUUUCCCUGACGGGUGGUGUGGAACCUCGAGUGGAUGUGUUGGGUGCCCCUGCUCUUGUGGAUGUAUCAUAUAAUUUGUUACCUGGAAUGGUAUUUUCUAUCUUUGCAUGGAACAAUGCUUCUAUACGCAUUGAGGGACCUAAGCAGCUUAUUCUGAAUUGUUAUCGCUCUACAAUACCACCUUUUUUAAGACCAGUGGUCGAAUAUCAUUGUAUUAUACACGAUGCACGCACAAUGGCCGAUAAAAAUUCCUUAUUUGGACCCAUUGUUCUUAUUUGUGGAAAAAAUGAUACAGAGAAACACGCCAUUGCAAGAACACUUUGUAACUAUGCGGCUCGAACCGGCUGGUGUCCUCAAUUGGUAGAUCUAGAUUGUGGUAUAGGACAAAUGCUUGGGGCACCUGGAACCUUGUGUGCUGGAGUCAUUGAGUAUCCUAUGACUCUGGAUGAGGAGACAACGACAGGUCCUGUUUCCGUUUGUUUUUUUACCGGCUCAACUGAACCUCAGAUCAGGAGUGGCUCAGGUGAAUGGAAUAUGUUUGCGCCAUAUACGCACUAUACUAAUUUGUUGUUAACUUGUGUUAAUGGUAGAAUUGCUAGGCAUUUGGGUGGGAUAGCUGCAUCUAGUGGUGCCGUAGUUGUAAUUCCAGAAUUGAAAGGCAUUAGUGGUAUUCUAUUUGUGGAGAAUCUUUUAAGGCGUUUUAAUAUUUCUCAUGUUCUCUGUAUUGGUGAUGAUUUUCUUUUUUCUGGACUUCAGGAGCGGAUUAUGAAAAUGCAAAACCCAAUGAAUUCUCAUUCUUCUGUGAGCACACGUAUUGAUAGGCUCUCUCAAUCCUUUCAUUACCCUCCGAUGGAUGCUGGAUCGGAAUAUUUGUCAUCAAAAUUGGAAAAAUAUUUUUUUGGUGGUGGUGCUAUCGACCUACAACCUUCAGAGAUUAAUAAGUCUUUUUCAAGCAUUGAAAUCCUUUUAUUGAAGGAUAACGAUAGCCAUGCAGUUGUCACCGUUGUUGAGCAAGAUUCGUUGGAGGCGAUAGUUGGUUGUGUGGGUGCUUUGCUUGAAUCAUCCACAAUAAGUGAUAAAGACGUUCUUUCUCUUGCACCAUUCGCAUUGGCGAGAGUUCAAGGUGUUGAUGCACAUGGUGUCAAUCUUCUUGUAAGUACACAUUCUGCCCUUUCUGAGAAGUUAAUACUGGUUGUUGGCUCUUUCCGCUGGAUAACGCACUAG